UAGGACGUCUAUCGCAAGGAUAUCAGCUUGUUUGCAAUCUAUAGAGCCGACCAAGUUUCCUCAUAUCGCUCUUUCACGCUCAUUGACCAGUAAUUUGGAAUAAUACUCGCCUCUUAUGAAUCUCAAUCGAACCAGAUGAUUCCCGUGGAGUGUGAAAAUGGCAUGCCAUCGCUAUCACUAAAUGUUGAAUAAUUCAGUGAAUCGUAAUAUUUUCGAAGGACAAUAUUGGUGAUGUUUGCCUGGAAACAAUUUUUUCCAUGCAUAUACCACACACUCAUCUUUCUAAAUUUCAAGACUUUAUUUGGGGCACCUUUCAAACGAAAGCGACAGCCUGAAAAUGAGCAACCCUAUAGAAAUUCUGACCAAAAAGUUGAAGGCUGUGCAUUAUAUGAUUGGUGAUUCGGAAUUGGCAGUGAGGCCCGACGAGUUCGAUGAUUUCCAUCGAGACAAAGCCGAACGGGAAUUGCGCGAAACACCCGAAGUCGUACAAGAAUCAAUCAAGCUCUUGUGCGAUAUGCUGGCAGAGGAAGAAAACCUAUUUGUACCUUUAGAAGAGUGGUUUUUGCAAAGAUUUCUUCGACCAUGUAAGUGGUAUCCAAAGAGUGCAUUUAAGUUGAUAAAACGGUAUUAUGAGUAUAAACUAAACCACCCGGAGUUUUACGACAAUUUAGUGCCGAGUAAUGAGCGAGAAAUUUAUAAAUCAAGUAUCCUGACUCCUUUACCAAGAAGGUGCGCUGAUGGAGCGAGGGUGGUAGUAAUUGAAGCUGGACAACAAUGGAAUCCAAAAGAGGUGACACUCGAGCAGAUCUUUCGUGGAGCUAUACUAAUCCUCGAAGUUGCUAUUACAGAGCCCAAAACGCAGGUCGGUGGAGUGCGAGUAAUUAUGGACAUGGAAGGAUUAACUCUGACGCAUGUAACUUACUUCUCACCAAGUUUUGCCUCUGCAGUCGUCGAAUUCGUGCAGAAAAGUCUAACUUGUCGUCUAAAAGGUUUUCAUAUUGUCAAUCAGUCGUAUCUUUUUGAUAUGGUUUUUGCGUUCUUUAAACCGUUCAUCCAUGGAAAACUUAGAGAUAGAAUAUAUUUCCAUGGCGUUGAUAGGCCGUCAAUAUUAGAUUACAUUGAUCCGAAAGUCUGUCCUAAAAAGUAUGGUGGUGAAUUCGAAUUUGAGCCACUCGGUGAAUCACUUUAUGAGUACGGAUUAACAUAUGAUGAAUAUUUUACAGAUGCUAAUCGAUACGGAUAUGUAAAUGAAUUAUAAUAAUGAAGAAUUGAUGAAAAUUUGAAUUAAAUUUGGAUGUAUUUUAAUGCCAAUUUUUACGGAUACGUCAACGAAGUAUACUUGGCAAAUCGAUGAAUCUACAACAUUUAUUGCCAGAAACAAUCAACCAAAAAGCAGAAUUUAAUUUUCAAAGAUUAAAUCUUUGGAAGUUCACAUUCUUUAAUUUUAUUUUUUUUUUAAAUGAAUAAAAAUGUCAUCAAUAGUUAAAAUGUAUUCUGAAAUAGUUUGACACUACUUAUAGCUGAAAAUUAAUUUAAUUGUAAAGCUCUAUUACCUUGCUAUUUUGUACUUUUUCGAUAAAUGUGAUUUCUUAAGAUAGUUAUAUUAUGAAGAUCAGAAAUUUUUAAAUAUAAAUGUUGUUAGUCGGAAAGAUAAAUACUCUUAUACCUAUUUUAUACUUUUUGUUUGAAAAUUUUUACAGAUUAAUGACGCUUAAAGAUUAAAUUUUAAAUACAGCAUUAGUCUCAGUUGGUUAGCAAUUCUAGAAUCACGUGAUUAACAUUAGUCCGCGAUUGGAAUAAUAAUAGUUACGUAGCUUUAAAAUUUUGUAUUGGAAUAUUAUGCGCGUUGUGAUAUUUACAUAUGUAUUUGUUAUAUGGGUUAAGGAUGGACGAAAUAAAUACUUGCGAUGAUUUACGAAUCAGUGUUUUAUAUUUAUUGUAAAUUCGAUAGUGUAAUAAAAAAGAGAGAUGUGGAUUUAUAAAUAUCAUUACAGCACGAUCUAAUUCACAUUUUAAUUGACAUUAAGGGUUGCCUCGAUUCUCCGCACAUGAAGAAUUCAUUUUUUUCACUCUAAUACUCCAUUUUCCGACACUACACGGCUACAAUGACAAUUUUCACAAGUCGCAUACUAUAAAACCAACGUAAAAUUUUUUAUUUUCAAUUACACUGCUUUCUCGCUUUUUUAUAGAUUGUAGAUGAAAAUACACUUGCAUUUUUGUUGAUAUUUGCUUUUAUAUAGGGCCGUGGACUACAUUUACAAGAGGUGUACAAAAAACAUGAAAAUCAUUAUAUGUAAUUACAAGAUGAAACCUUACCUAAUUUACAAUAUUAAAAAUUAUAAAAUAUAUAACAAUAAUAACCGUUCCGCUCUAUCACGAAUAUCCUAAAACUUGCUUCAUGUAUUACUAUAGUAAUAAUCGCUAACAAUAUCAUUAAAAAAAAAGAAAAA